CACUGGAUUACAACCAGUAUGUGUUUGGGAGACGGAGACUGCUGCUACUCUGCAAGACUCUGAGCUUUAACAAACCCCAAAAGCUAGACAGAAGUUUUAAAGAAAGUUUGAUUCAGCACUUUGAACAGGAGGCAUCGCUGUCCCGGCAGAGCCCAGUAGGCAGGAGGAGAGGGAGGGAUCUGAAGAGGAGCACCCAGACUCACUGUCUACAGCACUGGCUGGCAGCAUGGGUGAAGAGGGGCCUCCCAGUCUGGAGUACAUUAAGGCCAAGGAUUUGUUCCCCCAGAAGGAGCUGGUGAAGGAGGAUGAAAACCUUCAGGUGCCGUUCCCAGUUCUUCAGGGGGAAGGGGUGGAAUAUCUUGGCCGUGCUGAUGAAGCCAUCAUUGCCAUUUCUAACUACAGGCUUCACAUCAAGUUCAAGGACUCAGUCAUCAAUACCUACCCAGGUGUGGACAUUGACAUAUCUGUGCCUCUCAGGCUGAUAGAAAGUGUAGAGAGCAGAGAUAUGUUCCAGUUGCACAUCAUCUGCAAAGACUCUAAAGUUGUCAGAUGCCACUUUGCAACAUUCAAACAGUGCCAGGAGUGGGUCAAACGUCUGAACCGGGCCAUAACCCACCCAUCCCGACUUGAGGACCUGUUCGCCCUGGCCUAUCACGCGUGGUGUCUAGGAGGCAGUGCUGACGAUGAAGAUCAGCACCUUCAUCUCUGCCGCCCAGGUGAUCAUGUACGUCAGAGAAUGGAACUGGAGGUCAAGAGGAUGGGCUUUGAUACUCAAAACACCUGGAGAGUGUCUGACAUCAACUGCAACUACAAGCUUUGCUCCAGCUACCCACAGAAGCUUCUGGUUCCAAUCUGGAUCACUGACAAAGAGCUGGAGAGUGUGGCUUCUUUCAGAUCCUGGAAGAGGAUCCCAGUGGUGGUCUACAGGCACCAAAAGAACGGGGCAGUGAUCGCCCGUUGCAGCCAGCCAGAGAUUAGCUGGUGGGGCUGGAGGAACACCGAUGAUGAGUAUCUAGUAACGUCCAUUGCUAAGGCCUGUCAGACGGACACCGGAGCCAAAGGUGCACAAGCAACCCGACAACGUGGGGAAGCUCCCGACUCUUCUGAUAGUGAUUUUGACUCAUCUCUGACGGGAGGCUCCAGCAGCAACGACAACACUGUGUUGCCAAAGCUGCUGAUCCUGGAUGCUCGUUCAUACACCGCUGCAGUGGCUAACCGAGCCAAGGGCGGAGGCUGCGAAUGUGAAGAGUACUACCCCAGCUGUGAGAUCAUGUUUAUGGGAAUGGCCAACAUCCAUGCUAUCCGGAACAGUUUCCAGGCUCUCAGGGCUGUCUGCAGUCAAAUCCCAGAUCCAGGAAACUGGCUUUCAGCACUGGAGAGCACCCGUUGGCUGCAGCACCUGUCUGUUAUGCUGAAGGCUGCCACUCUAGUAUGUUCAGCAGUGGAGCGGGACAGUCGUCCUGUCCUGGUCCAUUGUUCAGACGGGUGGGACCGCACACCCCAGAUUGUAGCCCUCGCCAAGAUCCUGCUGGACCCCUACUACAGGACAUUAGAGGGUUUCCAGGUGCUUGUAGAGACUGAGUGGCUGGACUAUGGCCAUAAGUUUGGGGACCGCUGUGGCCACCAGGAGAACGCAGACGACGUGAGUGAGCAGUGUCCGGUCUUCCUGCAGUGGCUGGACUGUGUUCACCAGCUGCUCAAACAGUUCCCCUGCCUGUUUGAGUUCAACGAGGCCUUCCUGGUCAAGUUGGUGCAGCACACAUACUCAUGUCUUUAUGGAACAUUUCUGUGCAACAACGCUCGUGAAAGGGAGGCGAAGAACGUCUACAAACGCACCUGCUCUGUGUGGUCUCUGCUUCGCGCAGGAAACAAGAACUUCCAGAAUUUCCUCUACAUCCCAUCUCACGACAUGGUGCUGCAGCCAGUCUGCCAUACUCGGGCACUACAGUUGUGGACAGCUGUCUACCUGCCCACAUCCUCCCCCUGCACUGCUGUGGAUGAUUCUGUGGAUCUCUACCUCCCCCCCUCCAUCACAGGAGACGAGCUCACCUCCCGUUCCCUGGACAGACUUCCUAAGACCCGCUCCGUGGAUGACCUGCUGUCAGCUUUUGAGAAUGGGAUGCCACUGACACGAACAUCCAGUGACCCCAAUCUCAACAAGCACUGCCAGGAGGAUCGCUCUGCACUGGAGCCCUCAUCUGCUAUGGAAGAAACCUCUACAGAAGCCUCCAACGAAGUCAUACCUGACACUGCGGUGGACAGUGGGGAGGUACAACCUGUGCAUCAGACUCCUGCCAAGACUCCAGAUGCUGUCCCAGGCAUAGUGGGUGCUGAAGAGAAGGUGGACGAGCCCUGUUUUACUACACAGCCCCUGCCUUCUCUGCCCCUCUCCCCUGUCCCCCUCAGUCAGGAUGUCGCACUCGCUCACACUGCCUUUUCCACUCCUGCCCUCCUGCAAGCUUUGCAUCAAAUCACAGAUUCUCCACUCCCACAACCUCCACCGGAGGCUGAGAGCCCCUGUAGGACUGCUGAGAGUAUACCCUCACCCACUCAUAAAUCAGAGCCCUGCUUACCCCUGCCCUGCAAAAGCACUCAACCUGCAGCCAACACACCAACCUCCCUAUUGAAAGAACAUGUUGAUAGUCCGUCAAAGAGCCUGCUGGCUGUAAAGCAGCUAACACCACUCCUUCCCAUGGGGGACUCCACUGAGACUCUUACAGGUGAGGAUGAUCACCCCAUCUUGCCCUCCACAGUGACCCAGGAAUUUACCCAGAAUACUUCAAAUGAUGAGGAGCCACCUGAGUUGCAGGCACAAGCUCAACCCCAGAAAGAGAAGGAGGACACAAGGACAAGGGGAAGGGAGCGUGUGUUGGCGGCAGCUCCUAUAGACUGCACCCAGGUAACUGCUCGCCCUUUGAUCUCCCAGAGCCAGCUCUCGGACCUGUCCCUGUUCAGCUCCCACUGGGAGAGUGUCCAGGGUCUCGUCCAGUCUGCCUCUGGGGCCAGCCGGGCCCAGCAGCCUAACAUUCACCAGAGCCGCCGGCUUCCCAGUAAACUCCUCCGUGCCCAGGGCUUUGUCUUUGCCAGUGGCUCGCAGUUCUGCCGCAGGGAGGCUCUCUGUCCUAGUAGCGCGCUGCAGGCUGGAUGGCCACCUGCUGCCAGGAGUGCAGGCUACAUUGGCCUGUGUGGGCCUGCAGCCCUCACCAGCCUGGCACCCCAUCAGUUCCUGCCAGCACCUUAUUCCUCACCGUCAACUUCCAGCUCCCCACCCCCACCCCAGGCCCCAGCUUACCUUGAUGACGACGGGCUGCCGGUGCCGAUGGAUGCAGUGCAGCAAAGACUGCGACAGAUCGAGGCGGGUUACAAGCAGGAGGUUGAGGUGCUGCGGCAGCAGGUGCGACAGCUGCAGAUGAGGCUCGAGAGUAAACAGUAUGGCACCCCUCCCUCGGAGCCAGACAUCGAGUAUGAGGAUGACAUUACAUGUCUGCGUGAGUCAGACAACAGCAACGAGGAGGAUUCUCUGUCCACCCACAGUGAGGACCGUCUGUCUGAGGGCAGCUGGGAUCGAGUGGAGCCCAAGGACACUGAGGUCACGAGGUGGGUGCCCGACCACAUGGCCUCCCAUUGUUUCAACUGUGACUGUGAGUUCUGGAUAGCUAAGAGACGUCACCACUGCAGGAACUGCGGUAAUGUGUUCUGUAAAGACUGUUGUCAUCUGAAGCUUCCCAUCCCAGACCAGCAGCUUUACGACCCUGUGUUGGUCUGCAACACCUGCCACGACCUGCUCCUCGAAUGUCGCAACCGUGAGAUCCGUAGCCAGCAGCUUAAGAAGGCCAUUGCUACAGCAUCCAGCUGAGAGACACUUCUAAAGAAUUGUUGCCUCGGCUUUGUCCUGCUCGUAUGGGACUGAUGAGCUGUGCGCUGUUUAAACCGCCAACCGGCUGUAGUUUGGCUGCAGGGGCGGGAAUGAGGAGCACUCUUUGGGAGGCUGGGUUUUAAAACGGAUGAGAUGCACGCGGAUACUGUGAGGGAAUUGAGGUGUGCUAGCAGGUGGAGGGGGGGGGGGGGGGGGGGUUGUUCAGACAUUUUUUUUUUUUUAGGCCAGAGCGCUGCAGCGUCCUGCUGCCUCCACACGGCUCAGUCCUCUAGUGGUGCCCUGCCUGAGACACAUCUCCUCCAACCUGUCCGCACACCUUUAGUACCAAACACCUACACCCUCCUGACAGACACUGUCUUGCAGUUCAGAGGACAAUCGCUCACCCUUCCACGUGUCGGGGACUCCAAAGCCUGUACCUGUACUACUGGAGGCUUUCAACUUUAAAAGAACAGAAUUGCUGCUACAGUAUUUAAAAGUCUAAUUUUGUAUUCUUAUUUUGUGCACUACUAGUUGUUGUGUAUUGGAGGGCACUUGUGACCAAACUUGAGCAAAAGGGAGAAAUCUGCUGUUUAUUUUGCCAUAGCAUUUUUUUUUUUUUUUCCUUUUGUUUUGGAGCCUGAAUGUAACGUGAUGGGUAACUGGACUGGGUUUAUGUUAAUGUGCAUUUGGUGGGUCGUGUAUAUGUUCAUUGCUGCAAUGUCUUUUCGAAAUUCUGUAUGUGCCCAGUCAAUGUGGUUGUCUUUAUCAAUGCUUUUCUCCGGUGUAGCCAUGGUGCAACCUUUGCUCAGUGAUGCGUGGGACAGACUGAUCUGGUUUCAUGGGCACAGGAUGAGGCUGGGAGACAGCAGCUUUCUAUGAAGUCUUCUUCAGAUGAGUCAUUUGGAGGUACUUCAAAGAUGUGACUAAAGGUUUGUGCUGAGGUUCUUGUGAUUUGAAUGGCUCAGUGUCCACGUAAAGCUCGACGUCCAUCUGACUGAUGCCUCCGCACAUUGUCAGCUGGCAGUAAAGAAUGAACAGAGCACUUAGUUUUUGUUUGUUUAGGGGAGUUUGGCAACAAUCCCCUUUUUAAAAAUGUUUGUGUCUACUGGUUGUUGAGAAAAUGGUGCCAUAUUUUGUUGUCUAUUUUUAUUUUUUAAAGCUUUUUUUUUUUUUCUUUUUUCUUUUUUUUUCUUUAUGGAUGGCAGCAGGUUUCUAAUUGGCCACCUCUGUAUGUUAACGGUACAGAUAGCUAGCUGCUUAAUAACACUGAGACGACUAAAGAUUAACUGAGUUUGAUAACGAGGCUAACAAUGUCAGUGGAUGAUCACUGAAUUAGUUAGCUUUGUGGUUAUCGUCUAAUAUUUGGAAUCUUUUGCACGGGGUUUAUGAAGUUGAAAUCUUUGAGGAGCUCAGAAAUGUAACAUACUUAGUUAUCUGAUCUGUAGUGGUGGCUGAAACCUGUCACUUAAUGAAUUAUUGUUGUAAAGAAAUGCACUGUAAAAAUUAAAUCUCAUGGGUUAAAAUAAAGGAUUAUAUCAUGGCU